AUGUCGACCUCUAUUGCAUCCGGACUUUUCAAGUCUCUACCCAAGCCGAAAUAUACUGGCGAGGAGGAAGAGUUGCCACAGCAUGCGCAGCCUCGUGGCCCGCGCGUGGUGGGCGCCGACCAGCUUGAUGAGACUCAGGUCGUUCUACGGAGGACCGGACCCCCCCCAUACGGAAACCGUGCAGGAUGGCGACCUCGUGCCCCCGAAGAUUUUGGCGACGGCGGCGCGUUCCCUGAGAUUCUAGUCGCACAAUAUCCCCUCGACCUAGGCCGAAAGGGAACGUCAUCAACAUCGAAUGCGCUUGCUGUCCAAGUCGACGCUGAAGGCAAAGUCAAAUACGACGCGAUCGCCCGCCGCGGACACGGUGACAACCGCACCGUCCAUGCAUCGUUCAAGGAUUUAAUCCCGCUCCGACAGCGGGUGGAUAUGGGAGAGCUAUCACUGGACCGUCCGUCGGAGGAGGAAGUCGAGGCUCAGAUGGCAAAGACGAAGGCUGCUUUGGCAACCUUGGUGGAAGGAGCUUCAUCUGCCCAAAAGCCGAAGAACGUCAAGGGUGGACAAAGAGCAGAGCCCACUUUUGUUCGCUAUACCCCGGCGAACCAGAUGGGCAACAACGGCCGCAAGAAUGACCGCAUUAUGAAAAUUGUCGAGAGGCAGCAGGAUCCUAUGGAGCCGCCCAAGUUCAAGCACAAGAAGAUUCCCCGUGGCCCGCCAUCUCCCCCGCCUCCCGUCAUGCACUCGCCACCUCGCAAGCUUACUGCGGAAGACCAAGAAGCUUGGAAGAUCCCCCCACCUGUUUCGAACUGGAAGAACCCCAAGGGUUACACCGUGCCACUGGACAAGCGUUUGGCUGCCGAUGGUCGUGGAUUGCAAGAUGUUUCAAUUAACGACAAAUUCGCCCAAUUUGCGGAAGCUCUGUUCACAGCGGAUCGUCAUGCCCGCGAGGAGGUACAGCUCCGAGCCUCGAUGCAGCAGAAGCUGGCGGAGAAGGAGAAGGCACAGAAGGAGGAGCACCUCCGGCAGUUGGCACAGAAGGCUCGGGAGGAACGCGCUGGCCCCAGCCGCCGCGAGGAGCGGGAUCGGUCCCGAAGCGCCAGCCGCAGCGUUUCUCCAUACUCUUCCAGGUCUGGUACCCCUAGCGAGGACGAUGAGGCAGCCCGGGACCGAGAGCAGCAGCGUCGCGAGCGACGACAGGAUGCUGAACGACAGCUGCGACAAUCCCGUAUGGGUACAGAGCGCCGCAUCCAAACCAUGGCCCGCGAACAGAACCGUGAUAUUUCCGAGAAGGUCGCACUUGGUCUGGCGAAGCCCACACAGAGCUCCGAGUCCAUGUGGGAUUCGCGUCUGUUCAACCAAACCAGUGGCAUGCAAUCUGGUUUCAACGAAGACAACCCUUACGACAAGCCGCUGUUCGCCGCGCAGGACGCCAUCAACAGCAUUUACCGCCCACGUGCCCAAAUCGAUGCCGACGAUGAGGAAGCCGGUGAAGGCGAGAUGAGCAAGCUGGAGAAGACCAACCGAUUCGAGGUCUUGGGACGCGCCAAGGAAGGUUUCCGAGGCGCUGCUGACGCCGAGGAGCGUCAAGGUCCUGUUCAGUUCGAAAAGGAUACUGCCGAUCCUUUCGGUAUUGAUAACAUGAUUGCCGAUGUGACUUCGGGCCAGAAGCGUUAUGGAAUCCAGGAAGCCGAAGGCGAAGACAGAGGAUCCAAGCGCGCUCGGGUUGACGACGACUAA